AUGACAGAUAACCACCAAUGUUUUCCCCCUCAAGAGAGGUACCCGAAAACGACACUGGUCAAGGCAGCACUACCGUUCCUCACAGGAUGUGCCUCUGCAAUGGUUGGAACGUUCUGUGUUCAGCCGAUUGACAUGAUCAAAGUGCGACUACAGCUGCUCGAGACUAAAAUGGGACCGAUUUCAGUGGCGCGGGACAUCAUCAAAAAAGGCAGCGUCCUAGACCUGUACCAAGGUAUUUCUGCAGGUCUCUUGCGGCAGGUUGUGUAUGGCACCACCCGACUGGGCCUAUUUUUCAAUUUUGAGAGAUUGUUGCAUCAACGUGCGCAGCAAAACGGUACCACUCUAAGCUUCGGAGAACGUGCUGUAGCUGGGCUUAGUGCCGGUGGGCUUGCUGCUUCGAUUGGAACCCCUGUUGAAACCGCUUUGAUCCGCAUGCAGGCCGACGGAUUGAAGCCCCAUUCGCAACAAGCGCACUAUCGCUCUGUGUUCGAUACCAUUUCACGUAUUGUCCGACAGGAAGGGGUGCUGGCCCUGUGGAAUGGAACCUUCCCCAAUACUGCACGAGCAAUGACCACCAACUUCGGCCAGCUUGCUUUCUUUUCGGAAACCAGGGCACGUUUAAAGUUGUACGAAUUUCCGGAGAGCUGUCACACCCUGAUUGCAGCUUCUGUGGCAGGGUUUGUCGGCAGUUUCCUCAGUAUGCCAUUCGACUUCGUCAAGACUAGACUGCAGAACCAAUCUCUGGUCGGUCCCUCGUCUGUACGCUACAAAGGUACAAUCGACUGCUUCUUACGAACCGCUCGAGAAGAGGGUCUAUAUCGCUUCUAUCGAGGUUAUUCAACUUGGUUUCUCAGAUUAGCACCGCACACGUUAGCAACCCCUAACCCAGGCACCGCUUUCAUCUUCUCUUCCUCGAAGUGCAGUCAUAUCUGA